AAACUGUGAUUAUUAGUUUUAAUAAUUUUUGAAAUAAAUAAUCAUCAUAAUAAUAAUAGUAAAAAUAAAAAAUGUCAAGUGAUGGAUAAUAAUUAAAAAUUUAUGAUGGGUGACAAUAAUAUUCCUAUUGUUGAGCCGACUAUUGAUUACACUAAGGUACCACCGAUCCAUCAAAAAAGAACAAUAUCUUUUAUAAAUCAUUUUAUCGUAACGACAGUUUCAUUUUUAAAUAAAUUUGCACUGACAUGUGAAGAAAAACUCUAUGAUUUUGAAAAUAAAUUACAAAAAUUGGAAGCUGCCGUUGUUAUUCUUGAAUCUAGGCUCGCGUCAGUGCCAGGGUUAGAUAUUAAAUCACCAAAUAAAGACUGCGACAAAAAAGAAUACGAGACUGCUGAUAAAAACCCUGUAGAAGCAGCACCCGCUACUCCAGAAGCCAAAGAUCCAGUUGGCCAAGACGAAGCGGAUACCAAGCCAGAUGUUGAAAGUACAAAAGGUCAAGUACAAAACCACGAAGUGUCAGAUAAUUUAGAACAAAUUAGUUCACAUCCAGUUUACCAAAAGUACUUCAAAAUGGUGAACUUCGGUGUGCCAAAGCCAGCUGUUAAGAUUAAGAUGAAACAAGAAGGCCUGGAUCCAGAUCUACUUGAUGACCCUCAACGUCUUAUUCCUAAGAUCAAUGAUACACCAGAAUGAUGUAUUCCUAGAUGAAUAAAUAACUUUAUACGAAUAUUUUUAUAUAGUAAUUAAAUGAAUAAAAUGAUUUAUAAUUAAA